AGGUACGUCCUAAGAGGAGCCUGCUCCCAAUGUAUUCUUGGGGCCUCUCAGAUAUUGCAAGAACUCCCAAGCUUCCGUGCAAUGAUUGGUUCCAACACGGCUGCCCCUCCCAGCUCCACUGCCCCUCCCGCUGUGCCUCCCUGAAGCUUCUGCAGCAGUUCUCAGAGGCCCAGUAGCUCCGCAGGAAGCCAGAAACCAGCACAGGAAGAGAAUUUCAGCCUGUGGUGCGGUCAAGAUGGAAGCCAACAUCUCGCACCUUCUGAAUGGAUCUGAAGUAAUGACUUAUGAAUCUGCUGGUCAUAGAGCUCUGUGGAUCCUCUCAUUGCUUAUUCUUGGGGUCACCUUUGUCUUGGGUGUCCUGGGCAAUGGGCUUGUGAUCUGGGUAACCGGGUUCCGGAUGACGCACACGGUCACCACCAUCUGCUACCUGAACCUGGCCGUAGCCGACUUUUCCUUCACGGCCACCCUACCGUUCCUUAUGGUCUCCAUAGCUAUGAGAGAAAAGUGGCCUUUUGGCUUGUUCCUGUGCAAGCUGAUUCACAUCGUGGUGGACAUCAACUUGUUUGGGAGCGUGUUCCUGAUAGCGUUCAUUGCUCUGGACCGCUGCAUCUGCAUCCUGCAUCCGAUCUGGGCCCAGAACCACCGCUCGGUCAGCCUCGUCAGGAGGGUGAUCGUACUACCUUGGAUUCUUGCCCUGGUUCUGACCCUGCCCAUUUUCAUCUUCCUGACGACGGCAGAGGAUAAUAAAGGGAACACGUACUGUACUUUCAGCUUUGAAUCCUGGGGUGACACCGUCGAGAAACGGGUGGCAGUGGCCAUGACCAUGUUGACGGUCAGAGGUAUCAUCCGGUUCGUUGUGGGCUUCAGUAUGCCCAUGUCCAUCGUGGCUAUCUGCUACGGACUCAUCGCUGCCAAGAUGCGCAGGAAAGGCAUGAUAACUUCCAGCCGGCCUUUACGUGUCCUCACUGCUGUUGUGGCUUCCUUCUUUGUCUGUUGGUUCCCCUUUCAGUUGGUUGCCCUUCUAAGCACAGUCUGGCUGAAAGAGAUGCUGUUUCUUGGCAAGCACAAAAUCCUCGAUGUCCUGGUGAACCCAACAAGCUCGCUGGCCUUCUUCAACAGCUGCCUCAACCCCAUGCUCUACGUCUUCGUGGGCCAGGACUUCCGGGAGAGACUCCUCCACUCCCUGCCUGCCAGUCUGGAGAGGGCCCUGAGUGAGGACCCCAACCCGACCAGUGACACAUCUGCCAACUUGGCUUCCCCCUGUCCGGAGACCGAGUUACGGAGGAUGUGAGGAAGGGGCUCAGGGACACCUUGGAACUGUGCCUCACUGGACCCUGGCCCGAGUUCCAGCCGCAUCUUGCCUUGCCUUGUCUGGGGCCGCUCGGCGGACUACGAGUGCCUCAGGGAUUGCUUCUGCACCCCCUGAUUUGUUGAUCCUACAGGCGAUGGUGCUGUAGACAGACCGUGGCUGUCACUUUUGGGUUUGAGAGCUCCGGCUGGAUCCUGGGCUAAGCGGACAUGGGAAAAGAGUGUAAGAACACUUGAACACGUAAUGGGAUUUCUAAGACUUAGAUGAAGACAGACUGAGGAAAAAGCUUUAUUGUUUUAUUAUCACCAUUAAG